AUGUCAGCGGGUAAGGAACGAGCAAUUACACUGGAUGCACAGGAGAUCAACGACAUAGACGUGAAGGAUACUGCUGCUGCUGCGACAGUGGUGCAGUGCAAUGGAAUAAUCCAGAAUAAUAAUAAAAAGCAGCGACUUCUUUCACUUUCAAUUCCUCCAAUGCCAUGGUUUGGUAUAGAUAUUGGCGGAACACUGGUCAAACUUGUUUAUUUUGAACCUCAGGAUCACAACAAUUUUAUUGAAAGUGAGGAAGAAAUAUCGCGGCGCAAAAAAAUCCAGCGUUAUCUCGUGGCAAACAAAACAUAUGGUGGUACCGGAGUAAGGGACGAUCACUUGCGCCUUUGUGAUGUUGAGAUCAAUGUUGGUUCAAAACUCAUUAUUUUUUUUUCACUGAUUUUGAAAAGGCUAAGUUGGGAAAUUAGCUUACUUGUGCCAGUUCAUUUGGGCGCGGUGAAUACAAUUUGGACUGAUGCUGAAGGAACCAGUUGUUAUGCGUUUUUUGCAGCAAUGCAAUGCGAAAAAAGCAUAUUGACGAGAGGUUGUCUGUGUGUCCGUGUGUCUCUGUGUGCGUCUGUCACGCACUUCCAUCUCAGGACCUAUAAAAGCUGCGGGGCUGAAAUUUCGCGAACUUAA